AUGGCAAGUGGAAACAUACUCAUGGAUCUCACUCCAAGAACAGACAGGCAAAAAGAUCACAGAAUUAAUAAGACUGCAGAAGCAACAUGGCAGCAUGCAUAUCCCCCAACUCCAAUCAUCAAGUUGCCUUGUGCCGGGCCAAACCGCGCCCGUGCCCCGUCCCGCACGUUGGGUGAAGCUGGGGUCGACGGAGGAUUUGUGCAGCCGUGCCGGAGGGGGAGCUCGGAGGAGGAAGCAGCCACCGUCCGCCCGCAGGAGGGCCGGCAGCCGCUGCCAGGGGAAGGCAGCAGAAAGCGGGUGGAGCCCAAGGCUUUGCUCAGUGACAGCGCUUGCUGCGCUUGUCACGUCGAAGUUUUGGAAUACCCAGCCCUCCAAACCCGUGUAACUGGCUGCAUGCCUUGGUUUCCCAGCCUCCCUACACACCGCAUCUCCGAUGGACAACAGUGCCGUGUACGUCGCUAUCACAGAUGGAGUAAUGUUGGAUCUACUGGGACAGCAGGCAGAGUAGUUACAGUGGCAAUGAAGAUCUCUGCUCCAGCUGGCUCCAUCUUCAACACUGAAACAUGGAACAGUCUCUGGAGAAUCUACAACAUGAAUCUUCCAGAGCUGACAGUCAGCACAGUCCAUGUCAGAAAAACUGCCAAAGGUUUCAGGAAAGCGAAGCCUACAGUAUCACCUCAUGGAACUUUGUAUCUGGUUUCUCUGACCUAUGAAAAAGAUUUGAUGUAAACUCUUACACAGAAGCUCAAGAGUCCUUUUCGAUAGCUUGCUGCUGCCCAAUCACUGCAAAGAACUAUUUAAAAAAAAAAACCCCAGAACAUCUAGUCUUUUACACAACUAUAGAUGUUUCUUUUGUGGGCAUUUUAGGUAAACUGGUAAGUUUUUGGAAGAUCGCUCACAUUGACAGAGCUGUUGAAGUGCUCAGGUAACCACUGAAACCAAGCUGUUUUUCAAGAGCAGCAAAAAUAGAGCAAUAGAGAAAGGGAGUCAAUGUGCCCUGCGAUCCUUUGGAUGUGGAAACCUGCCCAUCGCUCAUGAGCCCCUCGUUGCCUAUGAGGAGGAUAAUCCCCUGCGAGAAGGUUUGUUGCCCUGUUUUGAAAGACCUUGCUUAGUCUGUAUCUGUAACACUGAGAUCCAAUUCUUUCAAGAUUGGCAUAAGCUAAUAGCAAUUUUCCUUGGGUUUGGCCCAUGUUCACUGGUCUCAGAAUGAGUCAAAAGGCAACAAGCUUGGGGAAAUGCUACUAUAAAAUAGGCUUUACAUCUAUAUACAGGGUCACCCGAGAUGUCUGCUGCCUUUCAGACAAGGCUGAUCAUAGG